AGCCCGGGCCCGUCGCCAUGGCGACGGCAGGGUAUAUAGCCGCCGUGCCGCCGCGCGCCCCCCGAGUUCUCUUACAGCGACCCCCUAAGAGUCGCGCGGUAAGAAAGCGGCCAGCGCCCCCGCCCGGCGGUCAGCAUGCGUGAGUGCAUCUCUAUCCACGUCGGCCAGGCUGGUGUCCAGAUCGGCAAUGCCUGCUGGGAGCUCUACUGCCUGGAACAUGGGAUCCAGCCUGACGGCCAGAUGCCCAGCGACAAGACCAUCGGCGGAGGAGAUGACUCCUUCAACACCUUCUUCAGUGAGACGGGCGCUGGCAAGCACGUCCCCAGAGCCGUCUUUGUGGACUUGGAGCCAACAGUCAUAGAUGAAGUGCGCACUGGAACCUACCGCCAGCUCUUCCACCCUGAGCAGCUCAUCACUGGCAAGGAAGAUGCUGCCAACAACUAUGCCCGUGGGCACUACACCAUUGGGAAGGAAAUCAUCGACCUGGUUCUCGACAGGAUCCGCAAGCUGGCCGACCAGUGCACAGGUCUCCAGGGCUUCCUGGUCUUCCACAGCUUUGGAGGUGGCACUGGUUCUGGGUUUACCUCCCUGCUGAUGGAGCGUCUGUCUGUUGACUAUGGCAAGAAGUCCAAGCUGGAGUUCUCCAUCUACCCCGCUCCUCAGGUCUCCACUGCAGUGGUGGAGCCCUACAACUCCAUCCUGACCACCCACACCACCCUGGAGCACUCUGACUGCGCCUUCAUGGUAGACAACGAGGCCAUCUAUGACAUCUGCCGCAGGAACCUGGACAUUGAGCGCCCCACCUACACCAACCUGAACCGGUUGAUAGGCCAGAUAGUGUCUUCCAUCACCGCCUCCCUCCGAUUUGAUGGUGCCCUGAAUGUAGAUCUGACAGAGUUCCAGACCAACUUGGUGCCCUACCCCCGUAUCCACUUCCCUCUGGCCACCUAUGCCCCGGUCAUCUCUGCUGAGAAAGCUUACCAUGAGCAGCUUUCUGUAGCAGAGAUCACAAACGCUUGCUUUGAGCCAGCCAACCAGAUGGUGAAAUGUGACCCCCGCCACGGGAAAUACAUGGCCUGCUGCCUCUUAUACCGUGGGGACGUGGUGCCCAAAGAUGUCAAUGCUGCUAUUGCCACCAUCAAAACCAAGCGCACUAUCCAGUUUGUGGACUGGUGCCCAACUGGCUUCAAGGUUGGUAUCAACUACCAGCCCCCCACUGUGGUUCCUGGCGGUGACCUGGCCAAGGUGCAGCGGGCUGUGUGCAUGCUCAGCAACACCACAGCCAUAGCUGAGGCCUGGGCUCGUCUGGACCACAAGUUUGACCUGAUGUACGCCAAGCGUGCCUUUGUUCACUGGUACGUAGGGGAGGGGAUGGAGGAAGGCGAAUUCUCGGAGGCUCGGGAGGACAUGGCUGCCCUAGAGAAGGAUUACGAAGAGGUUGGUGUGGAUUCUGUUGAAGGGGAGGGUGAAGAGGAAGGGGAGGAAUAUUAAAGUAAAAUGUCACAACGGUGCUGCUCUUACAGGGAGCUUAAACUAUUCUAAACAUUCAAAAUGUUUGGUCCGAUCAGUUAAUUUGUAUGUAGCAGUGUCUGCCCAAAUGUGUGUGUUUGCUGUCUGGUAACUGAUCUGUGCUUAAAAUCAUGGAAGUUUUUGGUACAGACCCAAACCGUCCACUUCUCUUGUGGGUUUGUGAAUAAAAAAGCAUUCCCUGUC